ACCACUUUGCAACCCAGAAGGGUUGUUGUUUUUCCUUGUAGUCUUUGUUUGCGCUCCUGUGGGUGUAAGGAUUGCUAAAUGAUUCAACAUAGACUUCCAACACGCUCCGGGGGUCUUGGCUUCGCCUUUUGGUGAAGAUUCGGCAGGAGUUUUCUGCCCUGGGAGAAGACGCAAGAGGGAAUAGUUGAGCCUGCAGGCUCACUGGAAUGGAAUGAGACGCUGUGUAAACUUUAGUAAAGUAGUGAGUAACUUUUUGCCCGCGUCUUGUGCGCUUUUACUUUUGUUUUCCACCUUAAAAUGUAUGGAUAAAGGGAGGCUCACACUGGAAUCCAGCUGAAACUAUCAUGGAUCAACGCUGACGGGCUUUCCAGUGGCGCGUUGGCUGUAGCCGAUACCGAGCCGGGAUUACUGCCCAUAUCAACUCGCCGAAGAGCCGCACAGCCCAUCACGCACCAUCUGCACCGGGAUUAAAAAAUAACUGAGUCUCCCACACUCCCCAUGGAAGUAGUCUAGCGGGUGCACACAUAUGACACUGGUGUAAGUUUUACCGUUCUCUGCAGCCAUAACAAUGGCAAGUUCUGGCGCAUUGGCACAGAGUUUUCACAGAUCUGUCUGGCCUCUCUGCUGUGUACUUUUGUUUUGCGGCUACCUAUCCGUGGCCUCGCCGUCCCAUGGCCGGCGACUGAUAUGCUGGCAAGCCAUACUGAACUGCCAAGCCGAGACAGAGUGCCAUUACGCAUACGGACAAUACAUGCAUGCAUGCGCCCCAGUGCUGACCGGGGUGAAAAAGCGCUGCCCCAGCCACUGCAUCUCCUCUCUUGUCCAGCUCAAUCUGACCGUAAACGGGCCGGCUCUGGAGGACUGCAGCUGCGCCCAGGAUCCGGUUUGUAUGGGCACAAAACGGGCCAUUGAGCCUUGCCUGCCAAGGACUAGCAACACUGGUUGCACAGAAGCCCGGCGCCAGUGUGAGAGAGACCAGCAGUGCAGCUCUGCAAUGCGCGACUAUUUAAUCCACUGUGGGAAACUUUUCAGCGGGGCUAUCUGCACAAACGCCUGCCGGAAUGUGAUCGCAGAUAUGCGCAAAAUACCCAAAGCUGAACUAUUAGAUACUUGCGUCUGUGAUGGGACGGAAAGGGCCAUCUGCGAGUUUGUCAAGACCAGUAUGAAGACUCUGUGUUUUGAUAGUCCUGUUCAGGAGGACGAUGGUAGCGGGUCGGAGGACUAUGACGAUGAUGACGAGGAUUUCCCUCAUAGUCCUGAGUAUGUGGGGCGAAACACAGGCUCCCUCCCUGCUGCCCACUGUGUUUUGACCCUGCUGGCAUCCAUUUUGGCUCUAUUGCCUCUCCUUUAAUCCCCGGGUUCAUAAUCUGCCCCGACUAUUGUCCGGAUAAAAGGCAAUCUAAACUUUAGUCACUCAUUGACCUGCUAGCCUAUUGUUAAAGGUUAGAGCUUCAAAGACUAAAGGAAAAGGUCUUUUGUCACAGGUCUGCCUUGUUUGAACUGAGACUUUGAGAUGCUGAAGGAUAUCACAUCAGGAUAUUUUCUAUGCAAAUGAGUCCAGAAACAACACUUUUUUUUGUUUUAAUUUUCUGUCUGUGCUGCAGGCUAUUCACGUAUCAAAUCACACCACUUCACGGCUCUCCACAUGCUUUGCUUAUUUGAUAAGCUGAAUUAGAUUGUCUACUUUCUCACAGUCACAGACUGAUAGUUCUUGAUAAGGUUGACAUGAUACAGAGUUGGCUUGUUUUGGUAACAAUGCAACGUUUAAUCAGUAUAAGCUGUGCACUGCCAAUCUUUUUUUUUUUUUUUUCUUUAAAAGUAUGAACUAUUUUUACAUGACAGGCUUUUGCCAUUGGCGCCAGGCGAAUUGAUUUGCAAGUAUUUAAUGCUGGAAUCUGUAGGUAUGGACUUGUAAAUAAAUUAGGUAAAAGUGAAACAGUAAUUUAUUACGUGCAACACAGUUACAUCCAAAUGUUCAACAUGUGAAUUAAAAAAAGUAAGAAUUCCAGCUUUAAAGGGAAGUUAUUUUGUGUGUAUUCUCCUCAAAGUAAUGUACAUUGUGUAUAUGUGUAUAGCCUAUAGAUUUUUUCAGAGAAUCCUUUAUGUGUUAGGCUAUAAGAUGAUUUAUUCACUGUGUAGCCUAUAGAAGAAGAAGAAAUGUCUAAAUCCACUGUAUGACUGCCUAAAUGAUAUACUUUUAU